UUACUAGAAAUCAAGAAGCUGUUGCAAAAGAAAUGAGAGAAGAUACAGAUGCCCAUAGACGAAAAGUGGAUCUUGAAGAACACAUGUUUCAUAAACUCAUAGACACAGAUCAAACGCUGAAUGAAAAAACUCAGAAGUUAAUUGAAGAAAAUUUGGCGGAAGCUGAACAAGCAUGUCUAAAUACUGACUCGCGGAUUUGGGCUUUACAUAAACAAAGAUGUGAUAAUCUGCAACAAAAUGAAUGUUACAAGGAUAUGGCCAAACUCCUUCAAAAAAACAGAAAAGAAAUAGAAGUAUUAAAUGCAGUGAUGGGGGAGGAAGCUAAAAAGUGGGAGGAAGCCAAAGAAAAAGACUUUAUCUUGAAAUCAGAAAAGAAAGCGUCAGCUCUUUCAGAUGCAUCUAGAAAGUGGUUUCUAGAGAAAGAGAUAAGUGAUGCUUCAGAACAUGCUGAAUAUCCAUAUAAUCAAGAAACUGUUCUCUGGAGCAAUGCAGGUUACAUCUACUGCCUCUGCCGCAUGACAGCCCUUCAAGUAUUUGAAGAUGACUCAUAUUUCAUCCCCCCACACCAGUGCAAAUUAGUCAUUUAGCAAUUAGUCAAAUUGUCUUAAUGACUCAGUGAGCUAAAACUAUUAGUUAACACCAUUAGCCAAAGCUCUUAAGACCAAGUAAAAGGUAGCAUCUUACCGAGUCAGUGCGACUUACAGAGGCUGGUCCCCUAGGGAUGGGAGUAGACAGGACAGGACAGUUCGAAGCGACAUUGGGAUGAGAAAUCAGAAACCACCUUGGUGUCUUACUGGAUGUAAAGCUGUGGGAGUCAGGGAACAGUACAGACACAGCUGAGCCAAAGGGUGGGCAGAAAUUUUGAGAUGAGAGUGAUUGAGUAAAAAAUAGGGGGAGGCACCAGGUAGGUGCUGGAACACUGCUGUGCUGACUCCUCCACGAGGGUUCCAGGAAACUUGCUGUUGCUGGUUCAGGUUUGCAUAUGUUGCUGUGAUUAAAUCCUGCCUGGUUAAAGCUCCCCGUAGUUUUCAGGGAAGGCUCGCCAAUCACAUUUCAUAACCUUUUCCAGUAAAUGC